CGGCCAGCAAUACACACGUUAGAUUUAUUUUGAUUCCCUUUGGCUUUGACUUUGGCCAAAAUUCUCCUGCUUUACCCGUCUGCUACCAUUCAUCUUCGGACGUGGCCCUUUAAGAGCCAUAGCAUUUGAUCGGUGAACUGAAACACCCGUUUGCUGACCCAAGGCCAAACAGCUUGGGCAUGCCACUUACCGACGGCGGCACGGCCGGUUACCGCGGCGCAAGGGAAGCGAUGGCGGCCGGCCUUGGUGGGGGUCCGGCGGGGCUCCGAAAAUGUCCCUCCCUUGAGCUUCAAGCCGCCAUUGAUGGCGGAAAUUCCUUCAGGUCGUGUCAGCAACGAGGUGGAGGCUCGAGCUGCGGUGUGCGACUCAGGCGGUGGCCACCGGAAACAGCUGGGAUGCUGCAGCGAGCUUCACCUGACGCAGCUGACUCACCGGAGGUCCACCGCGGCGGGGAUGGUCACGGCGGCUCCGGCGACCUCAAGAACAGAUCUGAGUAAAUUCCAGAUUUUGGCUUCCCAGAUUCCGUAGCUUCCUGGCUUCUUCUUCCCUUCCUCAGAAUCAUUUCAUUCUUUUUUCUUUGCUGGAAACCAGCUCUUCCAAACAUCUUUCCUUCUUUUUUGCUGAAUCAGUCCAUUUUCGUAUGAAUCUUUCUUGUAGAAACUCAAGAACAGUAGAAUACAUGAAUCUUUUUGGACAGAUUCUCACAGACGGCGCCAGUGUUGAGUUUAAUCCAACACGAUAUAGUAAAUAUAUGUAUAAAUGUGUAUGAACACUCAGUUUUUACGUGGAAACCCGAAAGGGAGAAAACCACGGGACUUUUUAGGCUAAUGUCCAAGCCCUCUCUUUCUCAUUAGGACUCUCCUCACCAUUACAUUGUACAAGUAUUGAAGCUCCCAUUAAUGGAGUUCUAAGCUAUUCUAGUGAGAAGGAGGAAGAAGAAAAAGAUCCAUAAUAUGGAGGGAAACUCCUAUAUUUAUAGAGAAUAGGGGAAGGGGAUGCUCUCCACCCUAAUGGGCCGCAUGGGCCGGAGUGGGCCCAAAUGGCUAAAGUGGGCCGGAUGGGCCGAAAUGGGCCUAGCUGCUCAGGCUCCGUACUACGUAAAGCCUUGGACUCAUGAACAGUAAUAGGCCGGGAUAAUAUAUCCCAACAGUAUGUUUAAUAAAAUAUAUUUUGCAUAUUCUUUUCACAUCAUCAAUAUUAUGAUAUAUAGAUAUAUAAUCGAUCAAAGUUUAACAUCAUUAACUAGAAAAGCCAAACUUGGCAAAAAAUAAAAUAGGACGGAUGAAGUAUAUAAUUAGCAAAU